GUCUCGUUUGACACUUUUUUUGCCUGUUGAGUCGGAGUCUUAGAGAGGGCACAAAACGCACUGACAGCUAUUUCAGAUUGUCCUACUUUGAGAGGUGAUGUACUACAGAGUUUUCGCACGGAGGAGCUACAACUAGUAAAGCAGCCGCAGCUGGUCGUUUGUUUGGUCUAACCAAAGUAUGUCGGGCGUUUGUACUACUGCUCUGCGCUCGGCGCGUGGUUCUUCUUGUGGCGCCGAUGCUUCCUGGUCUACUGCAUGUUUGUAUGCUGCGACGCGGCAUGCACAGGCACAGAAACUCCUCAUUGGAAGCGGCGCCAGUUCCAGUUCGACAUCGUUAAAGCCAGUGUACCAAAAACGCCCACUGGCAUCACUGGCGCUACGCUGUCGCAGCUAUCCCGCCUACCAUGUAUCGUCCCUACGACCGGAAAUUCUUCUGUCCGCCAGGUCGUGGAACCGUGCGAUCCAAACCUAUCGUGCAAGCAGUAGGCAGCGGCUUCUUUCUAUUGGGAUGACGAGGCCGCGCUACCUGAACACGGAGAACGUCGCCCCCGGGCUCGGCGCGGAUUCCAUUACGCCAAAGGGGCACACGCAUCGCGAGAACCGCAACCGCCUCGUCGGCCCGGCGUAUUUCACGUACCACGGUGCUGCCUUCACCCUGUUUUUCGGGUUCGGAAUGUGGUGGUUCUUGGACUACUUGAGCAAAAACAUGGCCAAGCGGCAGCGGGCGGCCAUUGUCGAGCAGGAAUCUAUCGGGACGCCGAAACUCGGCGGACCUUGGACGUUGUACAAUAGGCAGGGGAAGCUGGUACUCGUUCGCACUGCGGAGUGUAAGAUGUUUCAGGACCACCACGGGCUGGGGCUAACAGCUCUCUUCGUGUCAAAAGUCGUGUAACCCUUACCGACAUCAUUCUUAUGUCACUACUUUCCUCGCCUCCACAACAGGUGACAGACGCGGAUUUUCGUGGCAAAUACCAGCUGAUAUACUUCGGAUUCACUUUCUGCCCGGACAUCUGCCCAGAGGAAAUGGAAAAGCAAGGAAUGGUGAUAGAAAAGCUGGAUAAAAUGUUUGGCGCGGAGCUCGUGGAACCGAUCUUCAUUUCAGUGGACCCCGGAAGGGACACUGUCGCACAGGUUUUUUUUGAUAGUUGCUGUGUGCACAACUUUCUGGUCUUUUAGUUCUUUUUCGAAACAGAAAGAAACAGAGUGGAUACUUAUGCGCCAAGGAUGUUGAGCACGAUUAAUUUAUGGGGGAUCAUGUGCAGAGGUCGUUUCCACUCCAGGUCGACACCUACUGCUCGGAGUUCCACAAACGCCUGCAGGGCUUAACCGGCUCCCCGGAGCAGGUUAAAAAGGUCACGCGUGCCUUUAGAGUGUACUACAACGAGGGGAUAAGGGCAGACGGAGAGGAUUACCUGGUCGAUCACAGCAUCAUCCAGUAUCUGAUGGACCGGAACGGAAAAUUUGUCGACUUCUUCGGGAAAAAUAUGACAGUCGGGGAGAUCGUGUCGAAAAUCUCCGCCCAGAUUCUGAUCGACCAGGGGAAGUUUCAGGACAAAAAGUACGCUACGGGGAAUGGGAACGCAGAGCCGGAAGGAGUUGUUGCGAAGGCGUGA